UUUUCGGCGCGUUCACAGCACUGGUGUACAGCUGUUUACAUGGCUUUACCUAUUUAAGCACCUGCUACUGUAAAUUGGAGUUGAAGAAUGUCGUGAAUCCGGGCCACGCGAACGGCUGCGCUUAAACCCUACAAGUAAUGCGCUGAAAACAUUUACUUGGAGGAGUGCUGCUGCAGCGGCAGGCACCUCACCGGCCCGCGGAAGCUGCGGGCCAUCGUCAUUCUGUCUUCGACUUCGGCCGCUACAAGGGCUUACAAGGGCUCCAACAGGAGCUAAAUGCUCGCAGCGACGCGGCAAGCUUCCGUGCUGCCCCGCUCGCGCGCCGGCAGCAGCAGUCAACCUCAAGGCGGUGGAGCUGGCGGCCGCCCUGCCGAAGUGCGGCCCUCUGGGGCGACGUGCGUACGAGGUCGCCGAAGCUCCUGCUGCCAGGCUGCGGCAUCUCGGCCUCCUGGUGGCGACGCUGCUGAUGACCCCAAGCCCUGCCGUGAUGGCGGGGGCGGCGGCAAGCGCUUCCAGGGCGACCGCGAGCGCUCACGUGACCAUGGCGGCAGCCACCCGCCGGUGCAGGAAGUGAAGGUGGAGGUGGAGAAGGCCGCCGCCGCCACCGCCGCACCCAACGCCAUCACCGCCGCCGCCAGUGCAGGCGCGCCGCUGCAGCUGCAGGACCUGCUGGUCCAGGAGGAAUCCCAGAAGUCGCUCUUGGCGGGCAUCGCCGCACUGCUGGACCAGAGGUUCGCUGUACGAGACCAGGAGCAGGCGCAAUGGUACCAGGGGCAGGCGCAGCGGAACAAGGAGCAGGCGCAGCGAGACAAGGAGCAGGCGCAGCGAGACAAGGAGCAGGCAGCAAGGGAUGCGCGCUGGGACAAAGCGCAGGCGCGUCAGAUGGCAAUGCUGGAGGAGUUGUGCGAUAACCUGCUCGGGCUGGUGGAGAGUACCGCCGUCGUGCACUUGCGGAAUGAGACGCAGAUGCCCGUGCACCCGAACGUGUUCCUGACCGACGCCAAGCGCAUUGUGGACCUGUUGCUGGUGGGCGUGGACGCAGCUGGCAGGGCCGCGGCGCUGUCCGCGAUCGUUGACCGGCUGCGGCGUGUGGGGCCGCGGGUGGUCGUGCUGUACGCCACGUCGCGCGUCCUGGCGGAUCUGGCUAGGCUGCUGCAGCAGGAGGAGCAGCAGGAGCCGCAGGAGCAGCAGCAGGAGGUGGAGCAGCAGCAGGAGCAGCUCGGUCCCGCCGCCACCAACAGCGCGCAGGGCCUCCUGGAGGCGGUACGGAAGGUACGGAUCAGCGCGGCGGCGCCUGGCUCCGCGGUGGACCCGGAUGCUGCGGUUGCGGUUUUGGAUGCCGCCCAAGAGUACAUCAACGGCAAAAAGGCGGCGCAGGCGCAAAACCGCAACCGCAGCAGCAGCAGCUGGAGCGAUGCCGGCAGUAACGAGGAAAGCGGCGGCGGCAGCGGCGGCACCGGUGUGCGGGAUCCGUUUGAUGUUGCCAGGCAGCUGCUGAAGGCUCUAGGCACCAAAGAGCAGAAGCAGCGCGAGCAGCUAGAGCGCGAGCUGCUGGCACAGGGCGCCGCAUCCAUGUUGGUGCUGUCAGCCAUGCAGCCACCCAAGCUGUCAUCCGCUGCUGCUGCGGAAAGAGGCGGCAUCAGUGGCAGCAGCAGCGGAAAUGUGGCUAAUGUGGCUAAUGUGGCAGCUGCUGAGGCGGCCAUCUCCGAGCCAGCAACGCAGCUGGAGCUGAACGGCCUGGCAGUGCGGCUGAAGAAAGGCACGCUGCGGGUGAUGAUGCUGGAGACCAAGUCGGGCAGAGCAGAUCUGCCAAUGGCGCGUAACCAGCUGCGCCGCGCCGGCACCAUCCUGGCGUACGUGUUCAACGUCGCCGCUGAUGCCGGCGCCUUUGGCAGGUCGGCCCCACGGCUGCAGCUUGAGGGGCGCAUCGCGCUGUCGCAACUGGAGGGGCUGCCGCCAGGGGAGAAGUUGGUUGUGCUGGAGCCGGCGGAGGGGCCGCAGCACGAGAUGCGUGAGUGCGUCAGCGGCCUGCUGGACUUCGGCGCUGCAUGAGCAGAGCGGCGGUAGCAGUAGCAGUAGCAGUAGCAGCCUCGGGGAUGGCGGGCCGUUCUGCAUGCAUGACUGUGAUUUACGGUAGACUUCGUUGGUUGUGUCCAAGUGCCCUGAGGGCCUGAACGGAGCGGAUUGACGUGCGGAGCUGACGCCGUUCAAGUCUGCCAAGACUGAGCCGCUUUGACGGCCAAGAACGGCCUCGCCACGACCUGAAUGCUGUGCGCAGAUGUGCAUGAUCAUUUUCUUCAGCCACUAUCCCUGAGCUAGCCUGAGGUUUCAGAUGCCCGGUGGCGGGUGAUGAGGUGUGGCGUAGGCGUUUGUGCCAGUGCUCGUAUCUUCCAUCUACACUGUAGAAAUCUGCCCAAAAUCCGCCGAAGGCGGAGAAAAAUUUUGGGUUUGGGUGCCACGCAUCUACGCAGUGUAGACGGUUUUGGCCGGUUUGGGCGCAAAAAUGGGGGAAGCGUAGACGUUUUGGGGGGGUUGGGGCUUAAGUGUAGAUGCCGCGGUCAGGGUCAUCUACGCAUGUGUAGAUGCCGGGUGCCUGAGGGCAUCUACAAGAUACGAGCACUGGUUUGUGCGCAGCUGGAGGUAGGAGGGGAGGCGGAGGCGUGAACCUCUUUUGCCGUCGAGCUAUGUCUCUCGACGAGGGGAGGCCGCUUCGGCGGCCGAUAGCCCCCUUACACGCCGCUAACUGACACCAAGUGUCGCAAACGCAUUGGGCGAAGGCGGUCCCGUGUGGCCGCUCCGUGCGGGUGGCGCGCGGCGCCUGAACUGCGGGGGGAGCCUGAGGGCCCCGCUAACCCCGAGACCAGGAGAACCUGAAAAGGCGCGGAUGCUGUAGUAAAGCAUCUGCAUUGCCAAUUUUGUUACGAAUUCGC